CUUCUUUCGGCUGCACAAGCAGAACGUUCUUUCGGCUACACAAGCAGAACGUUACACAACUACCAUGAAAGCGACAGUCAUUUUUAGACGUUUUAAGACGGAAUAUUUCGCCUUAAUUUAGCUAAACCGUUAGUUAGCUCGCUAGCUAAUAGCGUCCAGGAUGCUACAUGCUAAACUCCUUCGAGGAACGUUACGUAAAGCUGGAGGACAACAGCACUAGAGGACAACUAUUUGAGAUAAAGUGAUUGUGAAAAUGAGCUAUCCAGGUUACCCUGCCCAGUCAGGCGGCUACCCACCGCAAGCAGGUGGUUACCCUCCACAAGCGGGCGGCUACCCUCCACAAGCGGGCGGCUACCCGCCCCAAGCCGGGGGCUACCCGCCCCAAGCCGGGGGCUACCCGCCCCAAGCCGGGGGAUACCCUCCUGCAGCUGGCGGAUACCCGCCCCAAGCGGGUGGCUACCCUCCACAAGCGGGUGGAUACCCACCACAGGCUGGGGGUUACCAACCACAGGCUGGGGGUUACCCAACAGCAGGAGGUGGCUACCCUCCCCAGGCGGGCGGCUACCCUCCUCCGGCUGGAGGCUUUCCACCUCAGGCUGGAGGUUACCAACCACAGCCCGGAGCAGGAGGAUAUCCAUCCAUGCCUCAAUCAGGUGGUGGCUGGGGGGCGGCACCAGGGGGCUACGGUGGUCCAGGAGGGGCUCCCCAGGGCUACCAAGGGGGGCCUGCGCCAGGACAGCAACCCAUGCCUAACUACCCCAGUGGGGGCCCUGCCACCAACCCCUCUAUGCCAGUGUAUGGAAGCGGAGUUUCGUCCAACCCUCAGGCACCUGCCAUACCUAAAGGCUACAGAGGAUCUAUAAAGGACUUCCCUGGGGCCGAUCCUUUGAGGGAUGUGGAGGUUCUUCGUAAAGCAAUGAAAGGUUUUGGCACCGAUGAAAACGCCAUCAUUGAGCUUUUGGGAAGCCGUACCAACAAGCAGAGGGUUCCCAUGGUAGCAGCCUACAAGACAACUUAUGGGAAGGAUUUAGCCCACGAUUUAAAGUCUGAGCUGACAGGAAACUUUGAAAAUCUUGUUCUUUCGAUGUUGAUGAGCCCCACGCGCUUUGAUGCGUCUGAGCUCAGAGAAGCUAUAAAGGGAGCAGGAACAGACGAGGCUUGUCUUAUCGAGAUCCUCUCCUCUCGCUCUAAUGCGGAGAUUCGUGAAAUGUCUUCUAUUUACAAGUCUGAGUACGGGAAAACCCUGGAAGAUGCCAUCAGCAAUGACACCUCCGGCCACUUCCGCAGGCUACUGGUUUCCCUCUGCCAGGGCAAUCGCGACGAAAGGGAAACCGUUGACAUAUCCCUCGCCAAACAGGAUGCUCAGAAACUGUACGCGGCCGGCGAGAACAAAGUUGGCACCGAUGAGUCUCAGUUCAACGCCAUCUUGUGCGCUCGCAGCAAGCCUCACCUGCGGGCAGUCUUCCAGGAGUACCAGCAGAUGUGCGGUCGGGACAUCGAGAAGAGCAUCGGCAGGGAAAUGUCUGGCAACGUGGAGUCUGGCAUGGUGGCUGUUGUGAAAUGCAUCAAGAACACCCCUGCCUACUUUGCAGAGCGCCUCCACAAGGCCAUGCAGGGCGCCGGGACUAAGGACAGAACACUCAUCCGCAUCAUGGUCUCCCGCUCUGAGGUGGACAUGCUAGACAUCAGACAAGCUUAUGUGAAGACCUACGGGAAGUCCCUGUACACUCACAUCUCAGGCGACACCUCCGGGGACUACAAGAAGCUGCUGUUGAAGCUCUGUGGAGGCAACGACUAAAUGGACAAGUCACAAGUCCACACAAUGUACAAUAUGUGUAGGAAAAUAUCACCUCUGAUGCAUGUAGACUACCUACAGUAAGUGUGUUUUACUCGUGCAUCUUUUCGCUAAUGCUUGCCAAAUAGCCAAGACUUCCACACAUUUUUACCAACAAAAAAAGAACUGCAUGCCAGAAAUUUCAUGCAAAAUGAAUUACUUUAUCACUAUGUAGUCAAAUUGAAAAUGAAUGUCUAACACUGUGUGCCCCCAUAUUAACACUUCAUAGCUAUAUCAUAUACGAAUAUACAAACAAUAUUAUAUGUGUAAAAUGUUAGCUUUAUGUAGUUACAAGUUUUAAUGAUAUUGAAAUAUUAGUAUUGCUAACCAGGAACAAGAUUACCGUAUUUUUCGGAGUACAAGUCGCUCCGGAGUAUAAGUCGCACCUGCCGAAAAUGCAUAAUAAAGAAGGAAAAAAACAUAUAUAAGUCGCAUUUUUUGGGGAAAUGUAUUUGAUAAAAGCCAACACCAAGAAUAGACAUUUGAAAGGCAAUUUAAAAUAAAUAAAGAAUAGUGAACAACAGGCUGAAUAAGUGUACGUUAUAUGAGGCAUAAAUGACCAACUGAGAACGUGCCUGGUAUGUUAACGUAACAUAUUAUGGUAAGAGUCAUUCAAAUAACUAUAACAUAUAGAACAUGCUAUACGUUUACCAAACAAUCUGUCACUCCUAAUCGCUAAAUCCCAUGAAAUCUUAUACGUCUAGUCUCUUACGUGAAUGAGCGAAAUAAUAUUAUUUGAUAUUUUACGGUAAUGUGUGAAUAAUUUCACACAUAAGUCGCUCCUGAGUAUAAGUCGCACACCCGGCCAAACUAUGAAAAAAACUGCGACUUAUAGUCCAAAAAAUACGGUAUAUACAAUUUAUCCUCAAAUAGUACUCAACAAAGUCGUUUUGGUUGUUCAAAAAUGAUUUUAUUUCAUUAAUUAGACCAACCAGAUAAGGGGAGAAAAAAAAGAUAAAUUGUUAAAUAAUACAAACAAAAUAAACAUUGGCAACGUCUCAGGGCCGUGCAGCAAGUGCCAACCCGAAUAGGUGAACAAAAAAAACAGCUUACAUCUCACUUUGUUAAAAUUAUACCUCAUAAAAGUACGUGUGAUGCACAUUGGCGUGGUGUUAUGGCCGUGUAAACCGGAAAUGGCGUAUCAAAGAACAGCGCAAACGUUUCCUACUAAAAGUUAUUUCACAUGUAGGUACAGUGUAACCUCGACUUACGUACUUAUUUGGCAUAAUUCGUAAAUCGAAACAUUUGUAUAGUGAAGCCGUUUCCCAUAAGAAACACUGUAAACAUUAGUUUUAUCUCUGACAAAAAUCCCUAUUUUAGUAAAAGAAUACACUUUGAAGACACUGUGGGUGUGUGUUAUAUAUACAUACCGUAUAUUACCAAAUAGUAGCCUGGGCGUUUAUUUCACAAAAUGGGGUCGGACCCCGGGCGGCUAUUAGGACAUGGGCGGUUAUUUGCACAAGGCUUUUAUUUAUUUUUGCACCAGCCUGCACCAGGCCAUUAUUUGGUUACAAUGGUUACUGUCCAGUAUUUUUUUUUCGUACAAAAAACAUUAAAUGUAAAAGCUAUUGUAAACAUACAAACAAAAAAACAAUAGACCAACAUGAGGUAGGCUAUCAAAAGACAAGAGAUCAACAAGGCCUCAACAUGGCAGUAGUGCAACAAUUGUCAAAUAGAAUACCAAUACUAAAAAUAAAUAAACUUUUUAAAUAAAGCAGCCUACCGGGAAAAAUACAAUUAUGGUACCAAGUACUCAAGUAUAAAAUCCACCAUCAAAACAGAACAAUAAUUCUGUCACUUAAAUCAAAUAAAGGCUACAGUACUCCAAGUUUUAAAUAAAGCAGCAUACAGGAAAAAUAAAAUUAUGGUACCAAGUACUCUAUAAAACCAUCAAAACAAUAAUACUGCAGCAAACGCAACCCCAGUAGUAUUUUAAUCUAAAUUAUGCAAAUAACAGCCCAUGUAUAUGUAUAUAUACAUACAUAUAUAUAUAUAUAUAUAUAUAUAUAUAUAUAUAUAUAUAUAUAUAUAUGUAUAUAUAUGUGUGUAUACUGUAUAUGUAUAUAUAUCAAACAUAACAAGGGGGUAAUGGAUCAACAAUGUCCUUAAUAUUAAACAACGACAAGCUAAACUGUCUACGCGUGCGUGCACACACAAACCAGUCACUUUGGUGCUCUCAAAAACGUUAACAACCAUGUUGCCGCAAUAAAUUAGGAAAAAUGUAAAAACUUAUUUACCUUCGUAAAUCGAUGUUACACUGUACCAAUAACAUCAGAGGGUGCAAACCUGAAUAGGCAUAUCAGAGAACAACUCACAUCUGACUUAAACCAAAAUAACGCCCCAUAAACGUGCCUUGGUGGUUUUCUUACAACGGAGAGCUGCAUCUAAGCUUGUCCUACCUCGCGCAGCUAAAGCGCAUUGUAAACACGGAAGUGACUAUCAAACACCUCGCGCCUAACCCCCACGCUAAAUAGAAACACCUUGAAUGAACGUCUCCUUCAAAUAAACGCCGUCCACACUCUCCCACUAUUUGAGGUAGUGCAUGUAUAUCACUUCUAAAGCCAUUAAUCCUCCAUUCUGAACCCCUUGCAGUCCCUCUACUGCCAAAUGAUAGUAAAACAAGUGUUUUAUGUAAGAUAGAAGAAUUAUGUUUAGCACAUGCCAUUAUUUGUUUACUGCACACGUCGGGCUGUAGACUUACCUUUUAAUCAUUAGUGAACUUUGCGGAAGGAACAAUCUGUAAAGUUAUUGUUUGCCUACUAACCUGAUACAUGCUGGUGCUUGCUACUUUAUACAAAUCAACCAUAGUUGUAUAGCCUCCAUUCUAUCCAAAUAGCCAAAUGUCACUUUAUAAUCAUCUCGUCCAGGGGUGUCCAAACUUGUGUUGCAUGUAUAAAAAUUAAAAAAAUGUGAUGGUGGGGCGGGGGGGUCAGUUCGGUGAAUUGUGGAUAAUAAAACCAAUUCCGUUAAAUAUAUGCUAAACAAAGCUACAUCUUAGCUUUGUUAUAAGCAAAUGUCAUCUCAUUAUUAUUUUCUUUUAUUAACUAUUAUUAUUAUUGUUUAUUUCACAAUAUGCUAGAGGCUAAUAAAACAAGCUGCUGGCUGAAAAUGUCCCCCCGGCCACAUUUUGGACACCCGUGGUUUCAGUCAAUGUGAUUUGUAAUCAAGGGGCUUGCCACUAGAGGGCCCUGUGCUCAUACAGUAUUAUGAGCUCACAAGUUGACUGAAUGUUUUAUAUUUCCAUUUCAUUUCACCAUGCAUACAAACUAUUGUCAUUUCAAUUAAAACAAAGCCACACUUCA